AUGAUCUCAGAUUCGGUUAUUCUCGAUCCACGAUCAACCGAUGAGAUUGAGAUGAUCAGUAUGGGAAAACGGGCGGCAAGUAGUCACGAUUCGAGGUACCUUUGCGCUGGCCUUCCAUCAACCACUAUGGGACCCCUUUUCAAUACGCUUGUGUCGUCGUGGAAUGCAGAUCCAGCCUGCUUUGAGUAUUCGAUGGGGUUCAUUUGGAUUUACGCGUUGAUAGAUCCAAAGAACCGCGAAAUAGAGCUCGACACCUCUAUCAAUACGUCUUGUGAUCCCGUCGAUUACAUGCUACAACAGAUAAAAGACUGGUCUUGGGUAGUUCAGGCAAAGCUAGCAAUGAAGCUUGAGGGGUCCAGCAGGGUGAAAGCCGCUAUCUCGGUUCAAGUUUUAGGCGUUUCUCAAGUCCGCGUCACUUCUACUCAUAAACCAAUUACUUAUCAGUAG